AUGUGGCACANAUGUCUAGGGCAAACCUUCUUGUUUUGCUAUUUCGGAGAUCGUUUGACCCAGGAGGCAGAAAGCGUUAAAGAUGCUUUGUACUUUAACGAAUGGAUAGAUUUAGAUAAGUCGUUUAAAAAGUCAAUGCUAUUAGUCAUGACACGUAUGUCGAAACCUGUUAGUAUAACAAUGGGUAAAGUUACUCCUGUGAAACUCACCACUUUUAUUCAGAUUGCAAGGGCAGCAUAUUCUUUCAUGGCGCUCCUUCGAAACAGCAACGCUGCAGUUAAGGGCUAAUGUGGAACAAACACGAG